UUUUAAUUUGGGCAACACAACAGUUGUGUAAUAGUAUAGGCAAAGAAAAUGGUCGGACAGCUAAGGGAAGAUCGCUCUCUCCUCAUCAGACAAAAAAUUACAAGCGAGAAUUUCUUUGUUCCUUUACGACCGGACAAGACACGUCCGUCAUCGUCUUCUACUACUUUCUAUCUUACGCCUCUCCCCUUAUCCUACGCCAAAACAUCUUAUCCUGCGCAUCAUCCCUUCCAUUAAGACCUAGGGUUUUCUCUCUCUCCCAUCAUUCUCUUCUCCCGAUCUCAUUUCCAUUACCCAAUCCCGCUCCUUUUCUCUGAUUUUGAAUCGAACCCUUAAUACCCAGAAAUCUCACGGUUCCGAGGAGUGGGUUUUUGGGGGUUAGGGUUUUCGAGAGAUGUUGAAUGUCAGGUUCAUUGAUGAAUCUGUUUUCUCUCUGCUUCAAGCCAUUCGGGCACGUCUGUGAUAAUUCCGAAGCUGGAUCGGGUGGUGGUGGUGGCGUUUCUGGUGGAACCGGCGGUGAAGGCAAAGACGGAUUGCUUUGGUUCCGUGAUCUCGGUAAAUAUUGCGGCGGAGAUUUCUCCAUGGCUGUGAUUCAAGCCAAUCAGGUUCUUGAAGAUCAGAGCCAGGUCGAAUCCGGUAAUUUUGGGACUUUUGUUGGUGUUUACGAUGGUCAUGGUGGUCCUGAAGCUGCUCGUUAUGUCUGUGAUCAUCUCUUUAACCAUUUUCGAGAAAUAUCAGCGGAAACACAAGGAGUUGUGACGAGAGAGACGAUAGAAAGAGCCUUUCAUGCGACAGAAGAAGGAUUCGCUUCCAUUGUGUCAGAGCUGUGGCAAGAAAUACCAAAUUUGGCAACUGUUGGCACUUGUUGUUUGGUUGGAGUGAUAUAUCAAAAUACUCUUUUUGUGGCAAGUCUUGGAGAUUCACGGGUUGUUCUUGGAAAGAAAGGCAACUGUGGCGGACUCUCUGCUAUUCAGCUGUCGACUGAACACAAUGCUAACAAUGAAGAUAUUCGUUGGGAACUCAAGGACUUACAUCCUGAUGACCCGCAGAUCGUUGUGUUCAGGCAUGGAGUUUGGAGAGUUAAGGGCAUCAUUCAGGUAUCGAGGUCUAUAGGAGACAUGUACAUGAAACGGCCCGAAUUUAACAAGGAGCCAAUCAGUCAAAAGUUCAGAAUUGCAGAGCCAAUGAAAAGACCCUUGAUGUCUGCAACACCAACAAUACUCUCUCAUCCUCUGCACCCUAAUGAUUCGUUUCUCAUUUUUGCAUCUGAUGGUCUUUGGGAGCAUUUGACUAACGAAAAAGCAGUUGAGAUUGUUCAUAACCAUCCCCGUGCUGGAAGCGCAAAGAGACUGAUAAAGGCGGCUCUUCACGAGGCAGCGAGGAAACGUGAGAUGAGAUAUUCAGAUCUAAGGAAGAUUGACAAGAAAGUGAGACGACAUUUUCAUGAUGACAUCACGGUUAUAGUGGUGUUCUUGAACCAUGACCUCAUAUCGAGAGGCCACAUCAACUCAACCCAAGACACAACAGUCUCUAUACGGAGUGCUCUUGAACACUGAGAAUCCCAAACAUUUUACAACAAUGUUUCUUCUUACUUGAUUAUAUGACUUUUGCCUAGAAUGAAUAAAAAAAAGGCAACAUAUGGAAAAAACCAAAAAUGAAAAAAACAACAUCAUUAUCGUACGUAAUGAGUUCUCUCUUGUAUUAAGCGGCUAUGUUUGACUUUUGGUGUUUCUCUUCAAAGUUCUGAUGAGUUCCAAGUCUUUUACUUCUUGCCGUUCGUCAAAAGUAUGUAAUGUAACAUAGCCGUGUAACCAUACUAUUCUCGAAUGUAACAUCAAGUCUCUAAUCAAAAUUGUUUUGGUAACUUAUAAUUAUUCUUCAUUCCCGAACAGUGGUUAUUCUUCAACAUUUCUAGGUUUAACUUUAUUGAUCAAAAAAGAUUUUAAGAUGCUCUUGGAUUACUGUUUCGAUAUUUAUGUGCCACAGUUGUCAACUCUUCAUACUAUCUCAAAUUUGCGGUUUCGGUGAAAUACUUAAUUUUCGUACGGAUUUGAUUUGGAGAACAAAGUCGUGGAGCAACGUUUGGCUUCAACAUUUUACUUAUGCAAGACUUAAAUGUUAGUUCUGAU